ACAUGUUUUAGCAUUACGUGUCAGAAAUAUUGUGGGAUAAAAAUGGAGACGAAUUGGAUUUUGUUUUAUGUUACAUUAAUAUGUUUAAUUAUAAAUCCGAUAACGGCAGAAAUUGUAAAUAAAAAUGUGGAAAGAAAUUUGGAUAUAGCUUCUCAGCUCGUAAAAACAUCAUAUAAAAUACAAGUUGAGGAGACAGCCGGCAAACCAUUGAAGGAGUACGAAUUCAUUGUAAAAGAUCCAAAUCUGUCUUUUAUAUCAGUCAAAGAUGGAUUCAAUAAGAGACCCACAAUUGAGGAAAGAAAAGAGAAGGAGAACGGUUUAACAAGAUAUAAAAUAACAUUUGCAUCAAAUGCCCCGCAACAAACUUUACUCAUUGAAACAGUUUCAACCAAAAAUAUACUGCCCUAUCCAUCGGAAAUCAAACAGAAUGAUAAACAGUUGGUCAAAUAUGUUGGUGGUCUUUAUUACUAUUCCUACUAUCUAACACAAACGCAAAGACUUAACGUUCAACUUAGCUCGUCCAAUAUAAUUGCGCAUACACAGGUUAGACCAUUUGCAGUAAUGUCGAAUAAAAUAUCUUAUGGCCCGUACGAAAAUGUCGCAAAGUUGACUGAUGACGAGCUGUUCGUGCACUAUGAGAACCAAUCUCCGUUUUUGACUGUGAACACGUUGGAGCGCACAAUUGAAGUUUCACACUGGGGCAACAUUGCUGUGAAGGAGGAAAUUCAAAUGACGCACACUGGUGCAAAAUUGAAAGGAUCCUUUUCGCGUUAUGAUUUCCAAAAAGAUGGUCGUUCUGGCCAAUCGGCUGUCAAGUCUUACCGAACCUACUUACCGGCAUCGGCAACUGGUGUCUAUUACCGCGAUACCAAUGGCAACAUCUCUACCUCAAAUAUGAAUCAAAUGCGUGAUUCUGUUGAACUCGACCUGCGUCCCCGCUUCCCAUUAUUUGGUGGAUGGAAAACGCAAUACGUGCUCGGGUACAAUGUGCCCUCCUAUGAAUAUCUGUAUAACUCCGACGACGAUUAUGUCCUUAAGAUGUAUGUCAUUGACCAUAUACACGAUAACAUGGUGAUUGAUGAAGCUGUCAUAACUAUUAUAUUGCCGGAGGGCUCGUCGAAUAUCAAGCUUGAACCACCAUAUAGUAUUGAGCGGCGACCAAACUCAUUGGUUCACACCUAUCUGGAUACUGUGGGACGUCCAGUUAUUUCAUUUUCGCAAAGUAAUUUGGUAGAAAAUCAUAUUGCAGAGUUCACUCUCAAGUAUAAGUUCUCAAAGGUAUCGCUGCUUCAAGAGCCACUCCUAGUUAUUGGAUUUAUUUAUAUUAUUUUUCUACUUACCAUUGUUCUUCUACGGCUAGACUUCUCAAUUACAUCCCAUUCCCAUAAAGAUUAAUAUAUAUAUAUAUAAAUAUACACUUUUGAUUAAUGACUAUCAAAUAAAAAUCGAAAUUUUCAAA